AUGUCUGGUCUUCCUGCCUACGCCCCAACGGCGAAUACCUCAUACCAGCCGGCAGACAAUCCAAAUGUCAAUUUUCAUCAAGAGUUCUCUAGAACCUCUUUGCUUACCACGACGGUGCACAAGUCAGUCUAUGAAUCCCUAUGUGAGAUAUAUUCCAUAGCAACGGUAAUGGAGAUGAUCGAAAACUCCUUCUUGAAGGAUUACAUCACUGAUAAGGAGAAGUACACAUCCACAGUCAUGCGCAUGAUCAACCAGUAUCAGAUGCUUGUGAAGGGAUUCGGAAAGACUCCCACACACAAACAGGUUCUCGCUGAGAUUCUACCUGGUAUUGAUGACACACACUCCAAUCUUUUACAACUAAUGCAGCGAGCUUUCAGAAUGCACGUUCCGCUUGCAGUGGAGAGACUUACAUCUGGCGUUCCAGCAACUAUACAGCAUUUUCACACCGUGGUGGAGAGUUCUUCCGAACCAAAGGAAGAAUCUACAGCCCAAGGACCGGCAUCAGCGCUGGCGCUGGCAAGACUUGUGGCAGAGGCUACAGGCAGUUUCAUCACACUCAUGGAUGCAUUGAAGCUUAAUUACAAGACUAAGUCCCAGCUUCACCCGCUUUUAAGUGAUCUAGUCGUCAGCUUGAACGACUUGGUGCUGCGGGAAAACGACGCAUCUAAGCCAAUCGACUUUCCUGGGAAAUCGAAGCUUACGACGAAGAGUUGGCCCAGCAUGAAAUAG